AUGGGAUUAUCAAAAUCAGCUUCAUUACCAACUCAAUACUCUUUAGACUAUGUUAAAUUUGAUUCCUCCGCAAAGAAAGGAAAUCAAGAAUCACCAGCUAAGAUUGAAUUUAAAGAUUUAAGUAAAGGUACUUUUGUUAUUGUUGGUACACCAGCUGCUUUUUCACCACCAUGUUCAGAACAACAUUUACCAGGAUAUUUAACUUAUUUGAAAGAUUUCACUUCAAAAGGUGCUAAAGUCAUUGUAUUGAGUAAAGAUAAUUUAUUUGCCAAUUAUGCAUGGGCACAAAAAUUCAAUGUUUCUGAUCAACAAGAUUCAAUUAUCUUUGCAAGUGAUACAAAUUUGAAAUUUUCUAAAGAUCAUGAUCUUUCUACAACUGAAUUUGAUCCAUUAGGUGAAGUUGCUAGUAGAUAUGCUUUGGUUGUCAAAGAUGGUGUUAUUACUUAUAUUGGUAAAGAAAAGGAAAUUACUGAAGUUACCGUUUCAAGUGCUGAAAAGGUUUUAGCUGAAUUAUAA